UGUAGGCUUAUCAGCGUCGUCUUCGCUGUCCUUCACGUCUGUCUACAUCCUGCUAGGCUCCUCUCCGAAGCGCAGCUAAUAUGGCCCUGCUCAAGUCAAACAAGGUGAUCCACUGCCUGGGCAAUAUCUCCCCGGCCCUGGGAGCCCUGUCCAGCCGCAACAGCUCAUGGUGGGGUGGGGUGCAGAUGGGUCCCCCUGAUCCCAUCCUGGGGGUAACAGAGGCCUUCAAGAGGGACACCAACCCAAAGAAGAUGAACCUUGGCGUGGGAGCCUACAGAGAUGACCAGGGAAAGCCUUUUGUGCUCAGCUGUGUUCGUAAGGCAGAGGCUUUGAUUGCAGCCAAACAACUGGAUAAGGAGUACCUUCCCAUCGGUGGUCUUGGUGAAUUUACCAAAGCCUGCGCCCAGCUAGCACUUGGUCCUGACAGUGAGGUGUUGAAGAGUGGCAGAAGCAUCACUGUCCAGACCAUCUCAGGAACCGGAUCCUUGCGCAUUGGGGGCAAUUACUUAGCUCGGUUCCAUGCGGGUCCACACGAUGUGUACCUGCCCAAACCCUCCUGGGGAAACCACACACCCAUCUUCAGAGAUGCUGGCAUGCAGCUCAAAGCGUACACAUACUACGACCCCUCGACCUGCGGCUUCGACUUCAAAGGAGCACUCGACGACAUCACUAAAAUCCCAGAGAAGAGCGUGAUUGUGCUGCACGCUUGUGCCCACAAUCCAACCGGAGUGGAUCCCAGGCCAGAGCAGUGGAAGGAGAUCGCUGACAUUGUGAAGAAAAGGAACCUGCUGGUCUUCUUCGACAUGGCAUACCAGGGCUUUGCCAGCGGUGACAUUGAUCGUGAUGCUUGGGCUGUUCGGCACUUUAUUGAGACGGGGCACAACAUCGUUCUUUCUCAGUCGUUUGCCAAGAACAUGGGACUGUACGGUGAACGUGUGGGAGGUUUCACUGUUGUGUGCAGCGACGCAGAAGAGGCGAAGAGAGUUGAGUCCCAACUCAAGAUCCUCAUCAGGCCAAUUUACUCCAACCCACCGUUGAACGGCGCCAGAAUCGCUUCAACCAUUCUCAGCACACCAGAACUGCGCUCUAUCUGGCUGGAGGAAGUCCAUGGCAUGGCCAACCGCAUCAUAAAGAUGAGGGAACAGCUGGUGGCGGGUCUGAAACAGCAGGGGUCCUCCCACAACUGGCAGCACGUCAUUGAUCAGAUCGGCAUGUUCUGCUUCACAGGCCUCAAACCCGAACAGGUUGAGCGCCUGACGAAGGAGUUUUCGGUGUACAUGACAAAAGAUGGCAGGAUUUCCAUGGCGGGCGUGACCUCCGGAAACGUGGGUUACCUGGCGGAGGCGAUCCAUGCGGUCACCAAGUAGAGCGGAUCUUCCUGGAAGAAUAACAGAAUCAAAGCUGCUGUAUUGAGGAGCUUUUUAUGUGUCAGUCCUCUGUUCCACCUUAAGAGGAGGCAUUGAUAUUUAGUUUUAAUUUUUCUCUUUUUGAUUUCAUCAUGAGUUCAACAUGGAACGGUUGUUUGUUUUCUGCACAUUUUCACUGAACUGAUGCCCUAUACACUGUUUAAAACAUUUGUGACAGAGCUGGUUGUCUAUUUAUUCUGAGGAAUCAGCUACUGACUACUCUGCUUUUGACCCCCAUGCCUUACACUCUUUUGGGAUAAUUCUUUUAGGGUGCAGGUUGAGACCUCUGUUGCUUUGUGAAAACCUUUUGGAAAUACAGUUUUUGUGAAUUUAUCUUUGUGUUAUAGCAUUUUAUCAAAUGUGUGGCACUUGAGUUUGUAACAGGGCUUUACGGUAAGAAUAGGCAUUUAUCAGGUCAUCGGUUCCCUUUAAUUUUAUCAAACACUGUUUAGUCUGUCUUUAAAAUGCCUCUGUUAUCUCUUUUGCAUUCAGUACUUUUCCUGUAGGUGUGUGAAUUCUUCAGUUUCAUUCACAGAGCAGCAGUGUCUCAGUGGCUCCUUAAAAUCUCCCAGUUAAAAAAUAUGACCACAAAUAUCAAGAGUAAAACAGAUUAAAUGUAAGAUAACCUAAAGAUGGUUAUAUUCUGUAUGGUUAUUUACAUGUGUUAUCAAACCACAAAAUGUAUGCCCAUGUAAUAACACCAGUACUGUUGUCCCAAAGUUAAAAAAAGACAUGUACAAAGAAGUCUCAUUUGUUCAGAUGCCAUAUUUGAGUGCUUACGUCUAUGGCUUAAACAUUUGGCAUUUUGAAUGUUGGCCCUGUUUGCUGAUAUUCCUGGGACUUUGUCUCCAUGUUCUGCUUCCUGUCUGAAACUAAACAUCAUGGGUCAUGUACCCUACUGAACAAACAAUAAAUCCUUGUAGAGAAA